GGACUUGGUGAUUAAUUGCCUUGAUUUUACUCAAUCCAUCCUGGUUCUCUCCCCCCGCCCACCAAUUCCCCACUCCUGUUAGGAUUCUCGACUUGCUCUCGAUUGCAGGAGUUAUGUGUGGGGAGGAAGGGUUUUUUCCUCCUGUCAACCCCAGCUGGGUGCCUGUCACGCGUGGGUGUUGCCCGCCGGGUGGGGUCCGUAGCAGAUCAGGUCUCUGAAGCCCUGGGGGGCAGAGGGGCCGAUGGCUUUUAAAGGGGUUCAGUCAUCAUGGCACCGCCUCUGGCAUGGGGUUGGGCUGCUGGGCAGGGAACGAGAAACCACAAAUCGCGCCCCACCCCCCACUGACCUGUCCUGCUGGGUCCAUCUCGACUUUCAGAUCGGCUGGAGAGUCCGGAGCAGGGUGUGCGGAGAGCCAGGGCCAGGACCCCCACCCCAGCUCGGCUUCGCUGCUGCUGAAUCGGACCCGGUCACAGAGAGGAGCCGACCCCAGCCCAGGGGCUGCAGCAGCGUGUGCAGCCCGAGUGUCGCUGAGAGAGACGAUGGGGCCAGCAGCUGGACCUGCUUGGAGUGAAGAGCCGCUGCAGGAGUGGCCUGUUGAGGGCAAGGGACACCUGGAGACUGGAGGGGAGCCAGACCCUCGUUGUAACUACAAGAAACGUACAAUUGUGCUCGCAGUUGCCCUCGCAAUCAUGUUGUUAGUUCUCAUCGUUGUCCUGGCAGUGUGGAUACCUCAGCUUCCGUCAGCUGAUCUGGGCCCCCCUGCUGGCCCCGCGUGCCCAGACGGCUGGAUCGGAUACCAAGGGAAAUGCUACUAUUACUCUGAGGCCGAAAGGAACUGGACCUACAGCCUGACCUACUGCUCUGCACUCAGCGCCUCCCUGGCUGAGAUCAACAGUGAGCAGGAAAUGGCUUUCCUGCUGCGCUAUAAAGGCAGAUUUGACCACUGGAUCGGCCUCCGGAGGGACCCUGGGCAGCUCUGGAAAUGGGCCAAUGGCACCAAAUUCAACAACCUGUUUGUGAUAAGAGGAGGAGGAGACUGCGCAUAUCUGAAUGAUGAGAAUGGGGUCAGCAGCUUGCGAUGCACCAGUGAGAGACACUGGAUCUGCACCAAACCUGAUGCAUUUACACAGGCACAGGAGGCUGCCGUGGUAGGGGGCUCGUAAGGAGAGUACUGUGGAAUUAGUCCCGGAAAAGCCAGACUGAUCUCUUUACAAGAUGACAUCUGAGCAAUUCUGGAAUAUCGAGGAAUGCUCUGCGCAUCACUGGGCAGAGCACUGUGGAUUCAGGUGAAAACCAGAGAUGCUAUUUGCACAUCUUGUCCCCCCCACCCACGCCGUCUCUUUUUCCGCCAGUGCAACGGCUCAAAUCCAGCCUUUCCAACCCACCUCAGCUGCACCAGGAACUCUGCCUAACUGAGCCAAGGCACCAGCCUCAGCUUUCACUGCCCUGACAUUCCCCCACAGAAGCUUUUUACUCUAGAAAAUUAUCUAUGGAAUCUUUUAAAAAUAUUCCUCAUUCCCAUUCUGUGGUCUGGAAUAGAGCUGAGGGGGGAUGUCUCCAUUUCCACACCCCCGCCCCCCCCCGCCCCAAGAAACUUUUUAACAAGAUUUUUUUAUGGGUCAGUUUUUGGGGUGUUUUGAAAACCCAAUUGAUUUUGAAGUUUGCAGGUUUACACCACCAGUUCCUGGUUUUUGUUGCCAGAUAUUGCUUUGGAUGAAAGCAGGAAUGUUUUAAACUGGUUUUAAUUUUCCAUUUUUAGUUUUAAGAACGCUGCACCUGCCAAGGGAGUAGAACCCCUGUUACACUCCUUGUGGGAUACCUAGGGCCUGGAAAGUAGGAGUAAGAGGAGAAAUGUCUGUUCUCUCCCUUCCUGGAGCCCAGUGGGUUUGAAAAGGGCAGGGAGGGGGUUGGUGUGACACGGACAGACCAGGUGCCAGGUCAUACCAAAGUCCCCAUGGCUCAAGGGGACCCUGAGAAAUACACAGCUGGGAUCAGGCUGGCUCACCUGUGUGUUAAGGUAGGUAUUAGCGUUAUAAGAACGUGUUCAGCGUUUAUUGAAUGCUUGUGAGCUGCUGCAGCAUUCAUCUAAUUUCUUCUGACCUCUGUAUCCCACAUUGUAAGGUAAUAUUGGAGCGUUUGUUUUGGGAGCCUCUGUGACUGUAAAUCACCAGACAGGAGAGUGAAUUAAGGCAUUCAGGAGUGUGAAGUGCUGAUCUCCAGCAGCUCAGAGCACAGGGGAGGAGGUGGCAUACAAGAAGGAACUGCAUCUAGCUCGUUGAUGCUGGGGGACAAGGUUUUCUAGGCAUAAGCUAGAGAUCCCCAGCUGCUUAGCCUGGGUUAGCCCUAAAGGACAGAGUUUAUUGUGGACCAGUGAUACACAGACUGCAGCUCACGAGCUGCAAGUGACUCUUUAAUGUAUCUCCUGCUGCUCUCUGUAGCACCUGAUAUUAAAACACUGUGAUUUAAUUGUUAACCAGUCAGGAUGCUUUUACUACGUUAUUAGCCACUAAGUUAUUUGCUGCGAGCAUUUAUAUAAAAACCUAAAUAUUUCCCCUGCCCUUCUGUUUCAAUAUGAGUCGUGCUAUAGUAAAUGAAACAAUGAAUUCACGCUACUGUGGCUCUUUUGGGUACGGCUGAUGACUAAUUUCGCUCCUGAACCACUGAGCUCGGAGUAUCACUGCUAGAGAUGCUUCUGUUACCUUUUGAAACUUUGUAGCUUAGUUGUGUAUGUAUGUUCACCCGCUUUAGCCUUGUAAAUAAUUCUUAUUUCCUUUUUAAUAAAUUGUCAUAUAAUAA